GCUGGGCUGGGCUGUGCCGGGGAUUGAUGGCACUGGCGCUGUGACGGGGCGGCCGCUCCCCUCCCCGUCUGAUUGGGGUUUGUGUGGCCGCUGUCAGUGCUGGGCGGAUCGGAUCGAAGCUCAGCUCAGCCUCCCGUGCUCCGACCGGCCUGUGUGGGAUCGGGGCCGGGAGGGAAGACCGGGGCGGCUGGAAUCAGAGAGAGAGGGGGGCAGAAGAUACAAAGUAUCAGCCGGGGGAGAGGGAACAAUCAGCGGGAAGGAUACAAAGUAUCAACCGGGGGGGAGCGGGAACAAUCAGCGGGAAGGAUACAAAGUAUCAACCGGGGAAGAGGGAACAAUCAGCGGGAAGGAUACAAAGUAUCAGCCGGGUGAAAGGGGAUACAGUCAGCGGGAAGGAUACAAAGUUGCUGGCGGCAGAAAGGAGCUAUCCAGCCGGCUGCUGUAGCACAGGAAUCGGGCGGCUGGCUCAGAGUGUGGGCCUGUCGGACAACCGCGAGGGUCGGAGCCAGGGCUCCGCCGGCCUCCUGGAGCCGGUCAUGGGGGAGACCAAGAUCAUUUACCACAUCGAUGAGCAGGAGACCCCGUACCUGGUGAAACUGCCUCUGCCAGCGGACAGGGUCACUCUGGCCGACUUCAAACAUGUUCUCAACAAACCCAACUACAAAUUCUUCUUCAAAUCCAUGGACCAGGACUUCGGGGUUGUAAAAGAAGAGAUAUCAGAUGACAAUGCCAAGUUGCCCUGCUUCAAUGGUCGAGUGGUGUCAUGGUUGGUGUCUGCAGAAGGUUCCCACUCAGAUACUGGAUCCACGUGUGCAGACAGCCAGUCGGAUCUGCCUCCCCCCAUUGAGCGGACGGGAGGCAUUGGAGAUUCACGGCCACCCUCCUUCCAUGCCAAUGCAGCCGGAAGUCAGGACAACCUGGACAAUGAGACGGAGACAGAGUCAGUGGUCUCCUCACGAAAGGAGAGGCAACGCCGGAAAGAAGGUCAUGAACAUGUUCCCCGAGUCAAUGGCCACACGAAGCUGGAGAGGCGGCAUGAGAUUGGCAACUACGAGAGCUCUUCCACCCUGAUGAGCAGCGAGCUUGAAACCACCAGCUUUUUCGACUCCGACGAAGAUGACUCCACCAGCAGGUUCAGCAGCUCCACAGAACAAAGCAACUCAUCCAAACUCAUGAGACGACACAAGCGACGGCGACGGAAACAGCGGAUUCCCCGGAUUGAGAGGUCCUCCUCGUUUAGUAGUAUCACAGAUUCCACUAUGUCUCUCAACAUUAUCACCGUCACUUUAAACAUGGAGAAGUACAAUUUCCUGGGAAUCAGCAUCGUGGGGCAGAGCAACGAGAGAGGCGACGGAGGGAUUUACAUUGGGUCCAUCAUGAAGGGAGGGGCUGUGGCAGCGGACGGCAGAAUCGAGCCUGGAGACAUGUUGCUGCAGGUUAAUGACAUCAACUUUGAGAACAUGAGCAAUGAUGACGCAGUGCGAGUUCUGAGAGAGAUCGUUCACAAGCCAGGACCCAUCACACUGACUGUUGCCAAAUGCUGGGACCCAACACCUCGCGCCUGUUUCACGCUCCCCAGAAGUGAGCCCAUUCGUCCCAUCGACCCAGCGGCAUGGGUGUCACACACGGCGGCCAUGACAGGAGCCUAUCAGCCAUAUGGUAUGAGCCCCUCCAUGAGCACCAUUACUUCCACCAGCUCUUCCAUCACCAGCUCCAUCCCAGAAACCGAACGGUUCGAUGAUUUUCAUUUAUCAGUCCACAGUGACAUUGUCACCAUCGUCAAGGCCAUGGCAUCACCAGAAUCGGGCUUGGAGGUCCGUGACCGGAUGUGGCUUAAAAUAACCAUCCCCAACGCUUUUAUAGGCUCUGAUGUUGUUGACUGGCUUUACAACCACGUGGAAGGUUUUCCAGAUCGGCGCGAGGCUAGAAAAUAUGCCAGUAAUCUCCUCAAAGCUGGUUACAUCCGACACACCGUCAACAAAAUCACCUUCUCAGAGCAGUGCUACUACAUCUUUGGGAAUCUCUGUGGCAACAUGGCUAAUCUAACCCUGAAUGACCAGGAUGGAUCCAGUGGCACUUCAGAUCAAGACACAUUGGCACCUCUCCCCCACCCAGGUGCAGCACCGUGGCCUAUUUCCUUCCCAUACCAGUACCCACCACAGCACCCUUACAAUCCACACCCACCAGGCUACCACGACGUCACCGGGUUCACGUAUGGAGGGGGCAGUGCCGGCAGCCAGCCCAGUGAAGGAAGUCGAAGCAGUGGAUCUAAUCGCAGCGGGAGUGAAAGGAGAGGAGGAAAAGAGAAGGAGCCCAAAGCAGGGGAGGCCAAGUCAGGGGGCAGCGGCAGUGAGUCGGAUCACACCACAAGGAGCGGCAUCCGGCGAGAGCGGGCGGUCAGCGAGCGUUCGGUCCCUGCCAGCGAGCACAGUCACCAGAGCAACCUCAGCCACCGGAGCCACCACUCCAUGGCCGCCAGCGUCCGUAGCCAUCACACGCACCAGUCCUACGGGGCUCCUGGUUUGCCACCCCUUUACACCCCACCUCUCAUGAUGAUGCCUCCACAGUCUGUGAUGGUGCCCCCAGGUGCACCUCCAGUGCGUGACCUGGCUUCAGUGCCCCCAGAGCUCACGGCAAGUAGACAGUCCUUCAGAAUGGCGAUGGGAAACCCCAGUGAGUUCUUUGUGGAUGUCAUGUGACUGUUUUUAAUUUUUUUUUGUUGUAAAGAAAGCAUCAUCUAUUCUGUCUUGUUACUAAAACAGAACGACUAAAAAAAAACUGGACUGAGGCCCUGUUUGUGAUGGAGUAGCACAUUUGAAGUGUGAACAGGACUGUAUUUAUUCAGCACUAAUCUGCAAGAUUUAUAAACAAAAACUAUUUGAUUUGCUUCUCUCGCACCACCGUCCUGCUCCCUCCCUCCCUGAUCGUCUCACAAAACUGGACUGUGUGUGUGCAGACAAAAGCCUGUCUGUCUGCCUCUUUUAAUACCUUUCCCAUUGUAAGUUUUCUUCCUUUUUUUUUAGAAAACAAAAUACUGCAUCUAUUGAAAGUGUGUUGUGAAAACCAAAAUGAAACUGUAAUCGUUUCCCAUCUUAUGUUCUUUUGACCUAAUUCCUUAAACCUCUUGUGUGCUUCUUUCCUUGUCACACAGCGAAGAGAUAUGGGAUGUUUGACUUCCUCUGAUACCAACUGAUAGGCAGUUGGUGCAGAGAUGUGAAAGGUCAUCUACCGGAUUGUGUCCCUUCUUGUGUAAUUGGCAUGAUAGCCUUUUUUAAAAUAAUCCGGACACUACACGGAAGGAGAAAAUGAGCAAUCCAAGGAGGCGAGUGGAAGAUUUGCUUUUUUUUACAUACAUUAAAUUCAAUCAUUAAAUACACAGUAAUACAUUUCAACAAAACUCAUCAAGCCUCGAGGAAGCACCGCAAGCCUUAUAGUUCAUGCAGAAACAGAAAGAAACUGUCCAACGAUGACUUCUCUGUUGAGCUUCAGAAAUUGUGUCCUGUUUCCUUUUAUCAGUCGAGCCUUGAAGUCAACACAAAACAGUUUAGGUCAAAGCACAAACACUGAAGUCUUCGACCCUGUUGCAGCUCUCCCCACCCCCCACCUCCUCCUAUCCACGCUCCCCCUCCCUUUCAAGAACAGAAAUGCAAGGUACUUAAUGGCUGGGGACGCCUCACUACUGUCAGAGCCAGAAAAUCUUUCCAGAUCAAUCCAUUGGAGUCUCAGUGUGGAGAACAAAGACUUGCAUCGGAGAAUGGAAACAAGCUGCACUAAUGUUUCACAAUCUAUAAACCGCACCGUUCGGUUACUGAAUCUGAAAUUGAAUAAGAGAAAUAUAUCAUUUGGAGACCAGAUGUGACUCUGAAUGAUGGUUUUGUAGCUGAAAGUUGUAUUGUAUACUUUAAUAAAAUGG